UUUGCGUGGCUGUUUGGUCGUGACAGUGAUGGCGGCGCUUCCGCGGUGUUGUUGACUCUGUCGGUUUCCCCGUCGCGUUCGCUGAGCUUCGCCGCCUGGCUCAGUCUCUAUGAGGAGGCCGCAGCAGCUGGGCGGCCAUGGGCUCGCUAACCAGCCGGGUGUUGAGGGGGCAGGGGGGAGCCCCGCGCGGAGGGGAGGCGGCGGCGGCGGCGACUGUAGCCCUAGCCCUGAUGGGGGAAGGCAAUGGCAGGAGCAAGGGGAGCCGCAGCAGGGGGACCAAGAGGAAGUGGGGUGGCCCUGGCGACGGCACGAGCGACAGCGAUAGUAACGAGGAGGGCGAGCGGGAGGAGCGGCUGUUUAACACCCCCAGAAGGAAAAAACUAAAAAGUACCUCCAAGUAUAUUUAUCAGACUCUGUUUUUGAACGGUGAAAACAGUGAUAUUAAUAUUUGUGCCCUGGGAGAAGAAUGGAACUUGCACAAGAUAUACUUGUGUCAGUCUGGCUACUUUUCCAGUAUGUUCAGUGGAUCGUGGAAGGAAUCGGGCAUGGAUACAAUAGAACUGGAAAUUCCUGAUCAGAAUAUUGAUGUAGAAGCCUUACAGGUUGCAUUUGGGUCACUUUAUAGAGAUGAAGUGUUAAUAAAUCCCAGCCGAGUCAUUGCCCUCCUGGCUGCCGCUAGCAUGUUGCAACUGGAUGGCUUAAUUCAGCAGUGUGGCGAAACAAUGAAGGAAACAAUCAAUGUGAAAACUGUAUGCAGUUAUUAUAAUUCUGCAGGAACAUAUGGAUUAGAUUCUGUUAAGAAAAAGUGCCUUGAAUGGCUGUUGAACAACCUGAUGACGCAUCAGAGUGUGGAACUCUUCAAAGAACUCAGCAUAAAUCUCAUGAAACAUCUGAUCAGUUCCUCUAAUCUGUUCGUAGUGCAAGUGGAGAUGGAUGUAUAUACGGCUCUCAAGAAGUGGAUGUUCCUUCAGCUAGUGCCUUCUUGGAAUGGAUCACUGAAACAACUUUUAAGUGAAGCUGAUACCUGGUUUUCAAAGCGCAGAAAAGAUUUAGAGGAAGGUGUGUCGUUCUUAGAGUCUGAACAAGGACAUACAUUUCUGACAGUAUUCAGACAUUUGAGACUGCAGUACAUAGUUAGUGAUCUGGCAUCUGCAAGAAUUAUCGAGCGGGAUAAUUUGAUACCAGCAGAGUGGCUGUCCUCUGUUUACAAACAGCAGUGGUUUGCCAUGCUCAGAGCAGAACAGGACAAUGAUAUUGGGCCUCAGGAAAUCAAUAAAGAAGAACUUGAAGAAAACAGUAUGAGAUGUGGCAGGAAACUCUCCAAGGAUGGUGACUAUUGUUGGCGAUGGACUGGUUUCAACUUUGGCUUUGAUUUGCUGGUCACGUAUACAAACCGUUACAUCAUCUUCAAGCGCAACACGCUGUAUCAACCAUGCAGCAGCUCAGUCAGUCUGCAGCCCCGGAGGAACAUUGCUUUCAGGUUGCGUCUGGCUUCUUUUGAUAGCAGUGGAAAACUUAUUUGCAGUAGAACUGCAGGAUAUCAGAUAUUAACCCUUGAAAAAGAUCAGGAACAGGUAGUGAUGAACUUGGACAGCCGACUGCUGGUCUUUCCUCUGUAUAUCUGUUGUAAUUUCCUAUAUACUUCUCCAGAGAAAAGAAUAGAGAUUGACGGGCUGCCAGAUAACCUGGAACAUUGAGCAUUAUCUUUGAAACUCAGCACUGUUAAUCCAUUUUCUUGAAUGCUUUAAUUCAUGUGCCGCAUUGGUGCGCAGAAGGAAAGUAAUAAAAAGCCUUAUGUACUAUAACAGGUAAAAUGCAACUUCUACUCCUUACCUAUACAUUCCUAUGCAUUUUUGGAACAUUUACAAUUAAAUGUGGUAAACAUGUUUUUUUGUAAGUGUUUUUAGAGGGGGUGAUGUGACUUGGAAAUUAGAUCCCCCUGCCCCCCACUUAUUACAAAUUGAAUUGUAGUGGGCAAAGCUGAGCCUGUUUAAAUGUUGUGCUCUUAGAUAGGGCCACUUGACCCUUUUGAGUUUUUUUUGUUCAUGAAACAUUUUGGGAUUGUAUUGAGAGAAAUCUUUUUAUGCAAUACUAGGACUUACGCCCAUUGCGGGGGAAUAUGCAGUGGGCUUUAGAAAAGCAAGGUGACAAAAGUGGUGGGGCAAACAAGCAAGGUGACAGAAGUGGCGGAUGGUGGGAGAUGUGUGGGGGCUGGGAAAGGGAACGAGAAGGCCGCUGGUGGGGCCGGCGUGGAGGGUGCUCUGCUGGGCCGGCAGGUGUUUGGGGACUGGUAGAGUGUGGGGGAUGAAGGGAAGGCCUCUGGUAGGCCCAGCAUGGAGGGUGUUCUCCCACUGGCCCAAGUAGGUGUUUGGGGUCUGGGAGAGUCACCGGGGCAAGCCAUUGCCACCCUGGAGCCUGACUUGCCCUUUUGAGCACGCAUGCAAAGUGUUCCAAAGGUCAACCAAUGGGCAGGGCUGACCUGUGCACCCACUGGUUGAGAGUUUGUCAUUGGGACAAUUUGUGUGUUAUUGAAUUAUAUAGGAUAAGAUAUAGUUACAUGUAUAUUUUAUUUGUACUCAAGAUAUUUUUUAAAACAUGGGUUGUAUUUUUAAAGUAUGUUUUGUGGAAUAUACAGAGAAGAGAUUAAUGUAACUGUUUCAAUCCUGCAAUUUUAGUGGCUUCAGUCCACCUACAAUUCAGUGCCGGCACCUCCCUCAGUAACUGGGGAGUAUUUUUUCACAGACCAUUGAAGCACAGUGUGUUCUGCAAUGCUGUAAUGCAAGAGGAGGUCCCUGGAGGUAGACUUGCCAGACCCAGAGCAGGGCCUGCCUUUAAGAGCUGCAUCAGAGAGAAUAUGCUGCCCACCACACUUGUGACAUUUUGAAUCAUAUGAUACUCUUAAACGCACAAGAGGCAUCUCAGGUUCUGAGCCUAGCAAUGUUUUUAGUUUGCUUGGAGACACAUGUUAGAACAUGGAGGGUGAUUCAAAUGCUUGAGAAGACUUUAAGAAAAUUUAUCUUUGAGAACUCUCCAUGGCGUGCCUUGCACCUUCUCAGUCUCUUUUACCUGGGCUUGUCAACGAUUUUCACACAAAAUUCUGUGGAAGCCAGAAGUGUGCCAAGGGCAAGUUUUCAAAGCAAGGUAGCGUCAUUAUCUUGCUUUACUGGGAAUAAACAUCCUGAUUACGCUCAGGAACUUGUGACCUUGGAGUGCCUUUUGAGUUAUAUAUGUAUUUGAACAGUUUUCACAUCACUAAAGCUAGAUUUGCUGGAACCCAAAAGAGGAACCAAGAUCAUAGAUGUCUUGGGUUGGUAUAUAAAAAGAGAGUGAUCCUUUAAAGACAAGAUGUAAACUUUUAUGUUCUUUGUAUAUACCUGGGGUUUUUUGGUUUGCUGUUGAAUCUUAAAUUUUGUUGGUAGACUAUUUUGUAAUAUUACUUUAAAAAGUGCUCUUUUAUGCUGUGAAGAUAAAAUAACAUGUUCAGCCGUCUGAAGCUAUGUUAAAUUGUAAAUAAACAUCUUCAAUUAAUUUCUAA